GCCCCUACCCCCCAACUGCAACUCUCUCUCUCUCUCUCUCUCUCUCUCUGUGCCUUGGCUAGCCCCUACUCCUCCAAACACUGCAACUCUCUCUCUCUCUCUCUCUCUAUAUAUAUAUAUAUAUAUGUGGAUAGAAUUAAUUAGUAAAUGAAAGAAGGGAUGUGCAUGGGCAUGGAAGGGGGUUGGAAGAAAAGGAUGAGCAGUAGAAGCGGCAGCAGCAGCAGCAGCAAAGGGGUGGGGAGGAUAGUGAAGCAGCAAAGAGCGAAGCUUUACAUUAUCAGGAGAUGCGUCGUCAUGCUUCUCUGUUGGCAUGACUGCUCAUGAUGCAUGAAAUUCCCACCCAUAUAUAUAUAUAUAUACAUGCAUCGUGCAUGAAGCUGUAAAAUUUACGUAUAUAUAGAGAGAGAGAGAGCAAAUUAAGGGCGCCCAUUGCAAUAUUUGCUUCUAAUUAUGUGUUUAUGAUCAGUAGCUUAAUUAUAUAAAUUAGCCAUGGAUGUUGGAAGGGGUCGUUUGGAUUUGUAUCAGUAGCAAUCACCAUUUCAAACGCGAUGGAGAACGCAAUGAUGAGGAGACUUGACGACAUAACAGAACAGAACAGAAAGGAAAGGGUUUGGACUUUGGACGGUCCCCAAAUUCUGCGCCCUACGCGUGUCCGGAAAGUCCCACGAACGGACACCUCGCUCGCUCACGUGCGCCCAAGCACCCCGUUCUCUCAUCCCAUUUUUCAGUCAAUAAAAAUUGUUUUAAUUUAAUUUAAAAUUUCGUAUUUCUCGAAAUUGAUUUGCUUCAGUGGGGGGGGCUGCCCACAAAAUACAACAAAUACAAAUUGAAAAAAAUCUAAUAAUAAACUGAAUUAAAGUGUUGUUGA